AUGAGUGAGGAUCUGAAGAAAACUGGUUCUGUUGGCCAUGAGAAAAUGUCACAAGAGCAACAUGCAAAGAUCAUUGAGGUGAGAGAGAUGAUAGGAACAUUAUCAGAAAAGGAAACUGUGUAUUGUACUGAUGCAUCCAUUUCGAGGUAUUUAAAAUCACAGAAUUGGAAUGUCAAGAAAGCGUCUCAAAUGUUGAAGCAGAGCCUGAAAUGGAGACGGGAGUACAAACCCGAAGAGAUUCGCUGGGACGAUGUUUCUAAUGAAGCAAAGAUUGGGAAAAUGUAUAGAGCGAAUUAUUGUGACAAGCAUGGAAGACCGGUGAUUAUAAUGAAAACCAAUCGACAGAAUUCGAAGUCGUUAACAGAAGAGAUUAAGCAUUUUGUUUACUGCAUGGAGAAUGCAGUUUUGAAUCUACCACCUCUUCAAGAACAGCGCCUCGGAUUGGCAAUCAUGUAUGAUGCACCAGGGAUUUUCCAACCGUUCUUCGCGAUGGUGAAGGUUCUACUUGAGUCUGAGAGUUAUAAAAAGGUAAAGUUUGUUUAUCCUAACGACCAAAACACAAAGAAGAUUAUGGAGAGUUUGUUCAAUAUGGAUCAACUUGAACCUGCAUUUGGUGGGAACGACGACACAGAAUUCGAUAUGAAUAAAUAUGCUAAGAGAAUGAAAGAGGAAGAUAACAAGAUGCACUCCUUUUGGACCUCACACAAUAUUCCUUCUUCUGAUUCAACAGGGUCAGAAGCAGAUUCUGAUGCUUCCAACAAUGAGAAAACACUUGGUUCCUCACUUCCUAACCCUGAGAAAUCACUUGAAGUAUGA